CCUCUCCUUGAAGACAAAAUACAGAAAAACUAAGUACCCUGAUGGCAAAGUGUUUUAGUUUUGCAGCAACACAAGAUUCAUGCUACCGUUACUCCUUCACUCGAUCAGGCCUCAGAUCAUCCACAACCGACCUCGGCGAGGGCACGAUCAUGCACUGUUGGAUCCCCAAGAAACACGACGCAUCAAAACCUACGUUACUACUGAUCCAUGGUUUCGGUGCCAACGCAAUGUGGCAAUUCCACGGUCUAAUCCCUAAGUUCAUCUCCAAAUUCAACAUCUACGUCCCCGAUCUCCUAUUCUUCGGGGAAUCCUACACCGCACGAGCCGAAAGGUCAGAGGCAUUCCAGGCACAAUGCGUUAUUGGUGUCAUGGAAGCUCAUAAGGUGACCAAGAUGGAUGUGCUUGGGCUGAGUUAUGGCGGGUUUGUUGCGUAUAGUAUCGCGGCACAGUUUAAAGCGCUCGUGGCGCGCGUGGCGAUAGGAUGCGCCGGAGUUUGUUUUGAAGAGAAGGAUUUGGAGGAAGGAGGAGUGUUCAAGGAGGUGACAAGCAUGGAGGAAGCUGUUGAGCUUUUGAUACCACAAACACCCGAAAAAAUUAGGGAGAUGAUGAGGUUGUCGUUUUAUAAACAACCACGUAGCUUGCCUUCAUGUUUUCUCCAAGAUUUUAUUGAGGUAAUGUGUACUAAAUUCCGUCAAGAGAAGAAAGAACUAAUCCAGGCAUUACACAAGGACAGAAAGAUGUCUGAUCUUCCCAGGAUAACUCAGCCUACACUCAUAAUCUGGGGAGAACAUGACCAGGUUUUCCCACUGGAAUUGGCACACAGACUAGAAAGGCAUAUCGGUGAUAAUGCCGAACUAAUGAUAAUAAAGAAUGUGGGUCAUGCACUCAAUGCAGAGAGGCCCAAGGAGCUCUACAGGCACUUAAAGUCUUUCUUCAUUGACAAUCUUCCUUCAUCAAAGCACGCAAGCUAUACCAACAGCCGUAAGGCAGAUUGAAUUAUCUGCCAAGAAUGAUGAGGAGAAUUCAGGACUUUCUGAUUCUCCAUUUAGACUAUAACUUGCGUGUGCUAUAGACAUUUCGAAGCUUAGAAAGGUGCUCAUUUAAUUAUUGAGAGUUGAGAAAGUUAGAUCAAUGCAAGAAAUACGAGCUCUGAUCCCCUCAUCUCCGUGGAAAUUGGUUAGGUUACCCUGGAAAUCUGUUACCUUGUAAGGUGACCCCCAAAAAAUUUGCAUGGCAAGAGCUGGAGAGAUUUUUCGGUGGUUCCUUAAUACUUUCCUCUUGGUGACGACCUCUUGGAACCUCCUCUGUAUCUCUGUUUCUUCUUGUACAAUUAAUAUAGAAUAUUAUAUAAUUGAAGUUUAUCCAAUGAAAGCUGAAGUGCCCU